AUGCUCAGAAAUACUGUGAAAUUGAGGAACACUGUUCCGAAGACAAGUUUCACGAAACUGACUAGAAACAACAUUUCCAAUGCAGCGCUGCUUCGUAUGCGCCCAUAUAGCGCCAUCGCCUCAAAUUUGGGGCAGGCAUCCUCCCGUGCGAGACCAGAGCCAUCGGCUAGUUUUGAUAUUGAGCCACCUUCAAAGUUGAAAACCACAUGGGGCAUUUCAAACCCGAAGUUGGACAGUUCCUUAAUCGGAAUGACUGGUGGUCAAAUAUUUCAUGAGAUGAUGAUUAGAAAUAACGUCGACACUGUAUUCGGCUACCCAGGGGGUGCCAUCUUACCUGUCUACGAUGCCAUUCACGAGAGUUCCGCUUUCAAAUUUGUUUUACCCAAACAUGAACAAGGCGCAGGCCAUAUGGCUGAAGGUUACGCCAGGGCGUCUGGGAAACCCGGUGUGGUUUUGGUGACUUCGGGUCCGGGUGCCACGAAUGUCGUUACCCCCAUGGCGGAUGCGCUGGCAGACGGGAUACCAAUGGUUGUUUUCACAGGGCAAGUACCAACGAGCGCGAUUGGUACGGACGCCUUCCAGGAAGCAGAUGUUUUGGGGAUAUCGAGAUCUUGCACCAAAUGGAAUAUAAUGGUUAAAAACGUUGCUGAAAUGCCAAAAAGAAUAAACGAGGCGUUCGAUAUCGCCAUGUCCGGUAGACCAGGGCCGGUGCUCGUUGAUCUACCCAAGGAUGUGACAGCUGCUAUACUAAGAAACCCAAUACCGGUGGAGAGUACUCUACCUACCUCAACCUUGAAGAAUCUAGUUGGUGAUAUGCAUGACGCAUUCACCAAGGAGAGGAUUGAAAAGGCUGCAAAGUUGAUCAACAUAGCCAAGAAACCCGUCCUCUACGUUGGCGGUGGUAUUUUGAAUAACCCAGAAGGACCUAAAUUGCUGAAAACUCUGAGCGACAGAGCACAAAUUCCAGUGACCACUACUAUUCAGGGACUCGGAGCCUUUGAUCAGGAGGAUCCCAAGUCACUAGAUAUGCUGGGUAUGCAUGGUAGCGCAGUAGCGAAUUUGUCCAUACAGAAUGCUGAUUUGAUUAUCGCCAUCGGGACAAGAUUCGACGACCGUGUGACCGGCAACCUGGUCAAAUUUGCACCGGAGGCUAAGAAAGCUGCCCUCGAGAACAGGGGGGGUAUCAUUCAUUUUGACAUUUCGGCCAAGAAUAUAAAUAAGAUUGUUAAGGUUGAUGUCGCAGUUGAAGGCGAUGCCGGAGCUAAUUUGAAAGAACUACUCCCAUUGAUACCGGCUGUAAGGGAAAGAGAGGAGUGGUUAACAAAGAUAGAUGAGUGGAAGUUGAAACAUAGCUAUGAUUACAUGAAGGAUACUCCAGAUUCAAAGAUAAAGCCAACAAACUGUGAUAUACAAAGUUAUACUAAACUAGCUAACGCCUCCGGUAGAGAGGUGAUUGUUACGACAGGUGUUGGGCAGCACCAGAUGUGGGCUGCGCAGUACUGGACCUGGAAACAUCCAAGAACUUUCAUAACAUCUGGUGGUCUCGGUACCAUGGGGUACGGUUUACCUUCUGCGAUCGGUGCACAAGUGGCCAAGCCAGAUGCGCUUGUCAUUGAUAUCGACGGUGAUGCAUCCUUCAACAUGUCCUUAACUGAAUUGAGUUCUGCUGUCCAAGCGGGAACCCCAGUCAAAAUCCUUCUUUUGAACAACGAGGAACAAGGUAUGGUUACGCAAUGGCAAUCUCUAUUCUACGAACAUCGCUACUCCCACACGCAUCAACUAAAUCCAAACUUCAUGAAACUGGCAGAAGCGAUGGGUAUCGAGGGCAUUAAAGUGAGCGAGCACGAUCAGUUGGAUGGCGCGUUGGAGAAAUUCUUAUCCACCACUGGGCCAGUACUGCUAGAAGUUGAGGUAGAGAAAAAGGUUCCUGUCUUACCGAUGGUUCCAGCAGGGAAGGGACUGCAUGAAUUCAUCAGUUUUGACUCUGAGACGGAAAAAGAACAGAAUAGACUACGCUAUGAACGUACUAAGGGAAAACAUUGA